AUGGGCGUGCGGGGUGCGAUGCUGGUAAUGGCGGCGGCCGCGCUCGUGUUUCUGGCGGUGGCGCCGGUGGCGGAGUCGGCCAUAUCCUGCGGUCAAGUUUACGGAGAAGUGAGCCCGUGCAUCAACUACGUCCUCUACGGUGGGGUGCCUCCGCCGCAAUGCUGCCAGGGCGUCAGGAAUCUCCUCGUGGCGGCGGUAAGCCGCUCGGACCGCCAGUCAAUAUGCAGGUGCCUCAAGAACGCUGCUCAGGGUAUUUCUGGAAGGACCAUCGAGGCGGCCGCCUCCAUCCCGAGGAAAUGCAAACUCAGCAUCUCUUACAAGAUCAGCCCCACCACCGAUUGUAGCAGGUUCUCUCUCUCUCUCUCUUCUUCCCCCUCCCCAAUACACGCAUCCUGGUCUGCAGGAGCUGACUUUUAUGACGCCGUUUUUUGUCCAGUGUGAGAUGAACUCUGGAACCAGAAUGGAUGGGGAACUCGAAUCCCUUGGCAGACUCACCGAGGUCCGAGGAUAGUCGCCCCCUCCCUCAUCGUAUGGUGUUAGUAGCAGAUGGACGGGUGCCGUCGUCGAGGAGUCGUCUCAGUUUCGGGCAACUAGAGAGCCAGGCCUUCAGCGUUGUGUCCAGGCCUCAUCAAGUCUCUACCUCCGUGGUUUUCAAUGGCGUGGUGUUUGCAGCGGCCAUUCUCCAUCCUCGUAACAGCCCACAAGUUAUCUUACUCUGGAACAAGGUUUAUCUAUGCAUCAAGAGACACCAACCGCGUUAAUUCGCAAGUCCUGGUUUCCAAGUACAGGACCUAAUUAUAAAAGAGAAUGACAGAAAAGAGGAGAGGAGACAAUGGAGGAGGUAGCGCCUUCUUCACAAGUAGGGUCUCAUACUCUCAACCAGGCGUUAUCAUAGGCUUACAUGAGACAAAGCGGUGAAUAGAUGAUUUUUCUUUCUAGACCCGAUUUUGAUAUGCGAAUCGAAAAAUAAGAAUCUUAGUACACUUGUGCAAACUCUGAACGUAUCCAAUAAUCUGCUAUCCUCAACUCCACUCGCUUUAGCAUAUUUGGUUGGUGUUCCUCUUAAACAACGUGACAAAAACAUUGAAAGAGUAAACUAA